AUAAGCAGGAAUGGGCAGUGACCAGGCACAGUCACCACACACCUUUUUCCAUGGAGUAAUUAAGGCCUGCCUCAGAGUGAGAGAGCACUCCCUGCCCAGCUGCACAAGGGAGAGCUGACAGAACUACAACCACUACCACCAAGCAUGAAGCUCCUGGGGACUGUCUUCUUUUUCCUUGCUGUACUCUGUGUUUGCACUGUAGGAGAAAAUGGCAUUCAAACCACUACUGUCAAGCCAGCCACUUCUACAGUAACAUCAAAAGCUGUAGUGGGACCUGUGACUACAACAAUUUCACAAACAGCAACAUUGGCAACUCCAGUGCUGACAACAACUGCAGUCAAAGCUACAAAUGAAACCACCACAAGCAGCCCCACGUCUUCUUCAGCUAGUGCUACAUCACAAACAACACAAGAUACAACGAAACAACCACCAGCAGUGACUUCAGCAGCAAGUACAAGUCUCAGCACAACAAACACUACACAAGCAAGUGGAACACAACUGGCACAAACUGAGAUUUUGAGUGCUGCACCUACUACAGGUCUGUCCUCUUCUUCUACGGUCUGUCCAGAAAGAAACACUUCUGCUUCUGGAACCUCAGGCCUUCCCAUGAGCUCUCCAACAAGUUCAACAAAGCCAACUUCUGAAAGUCCUAAAAGCAGUUCUGGAAACCAGACUCAGACAGGAAGUGAUAUCAGCUAUUCUAAUGUUAUCUUGCCAGUUAUCAUCACCCUGAUAGUCAUUACCCUCUCUGUCUUCUCACUGGUGGCUUUGUACAAAAUGUGCCAGAAGAAAACUCCAGAGAGACAAGAGAAUGGUGCUGAACAAGCCCAGUCAGAUAAAGAAGGAGUUAAACUUCUUUCUGUGAAGACAACUUCUCCUGAGACUGGAGAGCACUCAUCUCACGGGAAGAAUAAAACUAGGCAGCUCUUCACAUCUCAGCAAUAAAUAUAUGUGAGGCAGCCUGUUUUAACACAAUAUGCAGGAACAUCUCAUCAAAGUUGUGUUUCAAUGGGAAAUGUGGAGAAGCUGAAGCUAUUUACCAUCAGGACACUUGUGGUUACGACCAGAUUUUGAUUCCUAAAUCUCAAGCAUCUCCUUUCCCUUCUGGAAUGACAUGUAACUUUUUUGAUGGCUUAAUAACUGGUAUAGCAUGUAUAUUUAUUUUUUUCACAUACAGUAAAAGCAGGGAAACAAGAGAAUGUAAAAACAAAAUGGGUGAAGAUAAUGUAAAGAUUUGAUGACGUUUGCAUUGUAGCUACUAAAAAUGUUUUCUGCACACACAGGAAGGAAUAUGUCAGCAUACUUUGUUGAAUUUAUGGUAACUGGGGAUAUUUUAAAUGUAUGUAGCAGAAUACAAACAGGCCCGACCCUUGAAACAGGACUGGGCAAACAGCCACUAUGAAAAUUAAUUCAGUGAUUUGCAUGAGACUCCUCACUGUAGCACAUGCUUUGCUUGUCAUAAAUGUUUACAGGGUGGGAUGCCUGCCAUACUGAAGUGUGUGCUUCUUUUCUGUAAAGGGAGUAAUGCACCUUGCACUGAGGCUCUUUGAAAUUCUGUAAAUUACUGAGUAUAAUCCUUGCAAUGUAGCAGGCAAUAGUUGGUUUUCACCUGUUCCGUGGCUAAUUGCAUUAUGUGUGCUACAAAUAUGACUCCCAUAUAGCCUGGGGCACACAGUGGAAAUCAGCAAGGUAAGCAGUUUCACAGAUGAACCUUCUUCCCUGUGUUCUGAGUAAUGCAUGGAAUUCCUGUGGGUUAUUGAAUAACUCUGGAAGCUCAAAGAGUGUUUCAAGUGCUAAUUACAGACACUGUUAAUUUGUACAGAGCUGGCAGUUCCAAAAUAUCAAGUAGUGCUUCUACCUGCAUGUACCCUACCUUUCUAGAACUAUAAGUGUUUGAAAGUUAUAUUAAUGUGAGCACAUACUCAGUCUCAAUCCACUGUCUAUAGCAUUCCAAGAAUUACCUUUUUUUAAAACUGGGAAAUACAAGAAGACAACUGGUGGUCUAAGUGCAGGACCAAGAUCCAGGUCAAUCAUCUGAGUUUUGAUACCUAUUGAUACAAUGCUUUUGAGGAGCUUUUCUCUCUAAUUUCCUUCUCUGAAAUAUUAAAACUUGCCUAGCACUAUGGUAAGAGAUCGAGCAGAUUUGUAAAUUCAUGUCCAUAGAGAAAGCUGAAAAUGUGUGAAAGCUGAAAAUUAUUUCCCUGUGCUUGGCCGUUGCUCUUACAUCUGCUUUGGUGGGUCUGAAAAUCUUCUGUCUCAGUGGCACCAUGAGAGACUUUUGGUGAAGCUCGAUAAAAGAUGGGGAACAAACAAGUGUCCAUGCUGCAGCUGAACUUAUGUGGUUCAUUCAGGUAUUCCUGGAUCACUUGUGUUCCUCAGGAGCAGAGAAGUCUUGGAUGCCUACUUUGCAAAGGUCAGGCCAUAUAAAAUAUGCUAGCUGGCAUCUUAAACUAUUCUGAUUCCUGAUUGAUGAGGUUUCCUUCAAAAAAAAAAGCUGUCACUGUGGAUUUUCAUGUUGAUUAAAAACCCAAGGUGUUUUGUAGUGUGUUGUAUCAUAGUGAAAGACAGUAUAGAAAAGCAGAGAAGUAUUGUGAAAUAUCCAUUUGUAUUUUUGUGCAAAAUCUGUUCUACCAUGAAACUACCAUGUUGUGUCAAGAAAAAAAAAUACUGCCUAUUAAAAUUUAUUAUCUUUAUUAA